UGCGCGUCUCUGCUGCCACGGGAACGGCUGUGGCGUCGCCGCCGUGGAAACGCAGAGCGGGGUCGUUGGGAUCGUUGAGGCAGGUGCCGGGGGUCCCAUCUCGUGCCGAGACCCCGAUGUAAAACCCGCGUUCGUGGCCGUUCGAUGCAGGUUGUGACUACAGCCGUUUCACCUGUUUUGAAGCCAUUAAGCUUAUCCUUCAAUUGAUGAGGAAGAAAUUCCAGCCGGUUGUGGAGUUCUGAUCCUUCCAUAGCGCUGUUUGUCCAUUCACAGCACAGAGGAACAUUCCAGAACAGGGCAGUGUGGAUGCUGGAGGUGUGCAGGAGCAGGCAGAGGAGCAGACAAUACUGGGAAUCAUGAACAGCAAAAAUUUUGUGAUACUCCCAGGUUCAAAAAGUGGAACCUCUGUGAGAUUAAAAGCAAAAUCUGUCAGAGAAAUGCGGCUGGAAAAAGUGCGGCUGGAAAUGGAAAACAAAGAGGUGGAGAAGAAAUUACGACAAUUGCAGUCCAACAUGAGCAGAGAAAAAGAGGAGAGAAAGAAAUCAAGUGCUUAUCAUUGGAAGUCUGGACAAGCGGGACCAACCCAAGCCCGAUUUUGGUCACAAAACAAAGGAAAAAACAGUAAGGUUUCUUCAGGAAAAGUGAAGUUGCAGCUACUGAAAGAACCACUUCAAGUGCCGGAGAAAGGACCAUUUAAGCAUGAAAUGCCAGAUUAUGGAGCUCAUGAAAAAUCUGAAGCAGAGAAGAUAGUUUCCCAUCGUCCACGUGCUAAGAAUGCAGGCCUGGCAGAAGCCGGUACACGUGCUGGAAAACUGCAAGGUGUCGAUCGCUUCAGAUUGACUUCAUUGACGAAUGAAAGAAAAAUUAAUCAUGAGGAGAAGGUGAACAGCAAGCAUGGGGUCACUGCAAAUAAGUCGCCAUCCCCACCAGCAUCAGCGAGCACUGCUGAGGAGCUCUCUUCAGAAUCAGACGGGACAGGCCUUGGCAAUCAGGACAAAGGGAUAUUACUAAAUGGUGUAUUUAAUGAGGAAGAAUCUGCAAAGUCUUUUCAGGAAGCUUUGAUUCAAUGGAGAAACGGUAAUCAUGAUCACAGACAAGAACGGCAUGCUGAAUCUGUGGGAAAUCAAGAAGUGCAGACCAGUCUUUCUGUAAUGAAAGAAUGCGUCCAAAUUGAGUUCAAGGAGAGUGGCCUGAGCUACAUGGAGAAACUCAUGCUUAAGAAAUACAGAAGGACAUCUGUUGAUGAGUAUAAACCAACUGCAUUACACAAAGCUGUGACUGGAGGAGAGGAGAAAGGAGAUCCUGGUGAUGCAGAUGAUUUAACAGUUGAAGAGGUGAGGAGAUACUGGACUUCUGUUUUUAGAGAGGAAGUACCCAAGAGUGUUGCAGAAAGUGUGGAGCCUGCUCUGAAAAUGGAGUUUCUUGAUGAUUCUUAUGAUGUGGAGUUGGAAGAAUCGUGUAACUUCUUGGUGUUGGAAGCUGAGGCUACAGGAGUGAAUAACCAGAGAAAUACUGAACCGUCUGCAGUUGCAGACCAGAAGAACAUGUUACUGGACCUAUUCCCAAAAGAGACUGCAGCCAUAAUGAGGAAGUCAUCUUGUCACUCAGCUUUCAGGACUGACACUAAGAAUCCCUUACCUUCUCCUCCUGAUGGAAACCUUGUUUCCUCUAAAGAAAUUUUGCGCGGAGGUGGGAAUUGGGUUACUGAAACAAGCCUAAGUGAACAUGCUGAUGAGUCUGUAGUUCAGGCUGUCUUAAAAAGUCAAAUGAGUGGAUCUACAAGUGGUCUCAAGACUCGUAGAAUUUCUCCUCUGGUAACAGGCAGGUCAUACUCAGGGAAUGAUUCUACCAGACCUAGGUCAAUGGAUGCGCUACAACAUAACCAGGCCAUAAAUAGUGCCAAAGACACUCGUCCAAGACCAAAGAGUUCACCUAUGCAUACAUUUAAAGCUGAUACUGAGACAUCAAGGCACAAGUAUGUUGAUGUACUUAAACAAGAUGAGCAUUCUUGGGAAGAUAUUGCUGACCAAGAAGCCUUACUCUGUCUGGAAAGAGAAUUACAAACUUAUACAGAUCCCCAAGAAAAACUUUACACCCUAACUUCUGAAGGUGGAACCUCCUCCAGCAGAUGCUCAAGAAGGAUAGAUGGAAAUGCUACAGACUGCCAUAAAAACCUAAAUCUGAAAGACCAUAACAGAACUGAUAUGCUUGGGGCCUGUGAUGAAGACCAAAUAGACGAUGAGGAAGAAGUUUUGGAGGAUAAACGGCAGGUUCUCGCAUUACAGUAAAAGUGAAGAAUUUAAUGACUUUCUAUCUUUGUGUAUUGUACAAAACAUGCAGAUGAAGAGUCAUUCUUGAGUGCUGCUGAUAUUAUUUAUUAAGGAUUACUAAGUAAAUCUACGAAUAAUAAUAAUAAAAAUCCUUAAGAACAAUGUGA